GCGGGGUCAGGGAGCUGGCUUCCCAAGGAGCAGGGAUGCAGAACAGAAAUCGUCUGGUUCUCUGUGCCCUUGCCCUCCUGACGGGCUUCCUGAUGAUCUGCCUGGGGGCCAUCUUCAUUUCCUCAGGCUCGACACUUGACUGUCCUGGGAACCUGAUCCUGCCUCUUGGCUUUGUGAUCCUUCUGAGUGGAAUUUUCUGGAGCACCUACCGCCAGGCGAGUGAAAGCAAAGGGGUAUUCAACCAUGUGCUCAGACAACACCUUGCUCAUGGGGCCCUGCCCCUGGCCACAGUGGACAGGCCAGAUUUUUACCCUCCUGCUUAUGAAGAGAGCCUUCAUGCCGAAAAGCAAACCUGUCCUGCAGAGGGAGAGGCCUCGAAUGUUCCUCCACCUCUGUACACAGGGAUGGGCCUUGAAUUUGAGGAUGAAAAUGAUGCCCACCCAGAGGCUCCACCGUCCUAUGAAGAGUCUGUAGCAGACAGGGAGGCAGCAGCAAGGCCAUCUCAGGAUGCUGAGAGGCAAAGCCCGGAGUGCUGAAGCAGGGGAAGUCUCCAGCACUCCUGCCGCACCCUCAAGGGAGACAGCUGCUAAUAAUAAACACAGGCAAGGGACUGUGGGAGGAAGAGCCACAGCAGGGACCACACAUGAGAGACAGCUCGCUGAGGGGAUGCUGUGUGUGACAGCAAUGCAAGUCCACAGAGGUGCUUGGCCUGCAAGUGCAGGGUCCGGGCCCUGGAAGGGUAUGGUCAGCACUAAGUAAACAUUUCAAAGGAUUCGCACUAAUCCCAACCCAGGUGAAUUUUUGGGCUGCAAAAGUGUUGUUGAGAGAGCUCUGUUCCACAGAAGGGCUUUCUGGUCUCACUCAACUGCCCUCCCAUCACCUCUGUGCCCAACAGGCAGGAAUAGAUGCUGCUCGAUGGGAUGGCUAUGUGCCGUCACGCCUACAUCACCUAAUAAUCACAAAGGGAAAUUACGCUAGAAAUGAAGGGGCAUUCUCAUUUAUUUUGUGGGUUGUUCAGUGUCUUGUUGGCUGGUUUCAUAGUUAUCUCCAUUUUCCAUACAACCAGAGUGACACAGUAAUUUACACUGUGGGAGAUUUACCCUUGGAACCCCUGAAUGUUGUUUUAUAUUAUCUUAUUUUAAUUAUGGGUAUAUUACUUCUAUAUGAAAGGAAAGUGACUGUAAUAUUUGCUUUCAAAAUGCUUCAAACACCAACUUUUAAAUGAGUAUUUUUUAAACAGAAUCAUUGUACAAGCGGAUUUGACAAGAUAUUUUUAGAGACUCAAGUUGAAUACACAAAAUACUUAAAAAUCCAUAAUACACUGAAUUCAGGAAAAAAAGAAUUUUUCCUAGCCAUAGGUUGUAUCAAUGUAGAAUUUGACAUAAGUUUUGAAAAUUUUUAAAAUAGACCCCUAUGGUUCAAUGACUUCUCUUGUAAAUCACUAGAGUUUGAAAGCAAGGAGACUAGUAUGUAGUACUUUGAUCAUUAACAGGAAAUUCUUUGUGUCUCCAAAUCUAGAUCCAUCCCUUUUUAGACUUGGGACAUUUAUUUUAAAACCCAAUCAUUCCUCUUUAGCUUUAUUAUAUUUUAUUCUAUGUUUUAAUGCAAGAGGACAAGUCAGGUGGUGGAAAGAGAUGCAGCCUGAUGCUCUUGAGCUUGGACAAGAACCUUCAUGUCUCCAGCCGUCAGUUUCCUCCUCUGUCAAGUGAGGAAUUUAUGUUUGGAUUCAUACCUACCGGUGAUGAAAUGUCUUUUACACGGAGAGCUCUGUGCUGCAAACUUUGUAUGCAUUUUAUUUAGCCCUCAUUUUAUCUUUCAGAGAUCAGUGCUAUGGUUAUUCCCAUUUUACAGAUGCACAAGCUGAGACUUUGAGAAGUUAAGAAACUUUUCCAAUAACACACAACUGUUACCAAGAGGGUGAAAAGGGUCCAUAGAGGGACGCACGAGGGCAUAUUUACUUCAAACUUUGGUGCUGGGUUAACCCUGUCUUAUUUUCCUCCUCCCAGGGAGCAGUUGGGACUUCUCUCCCCCUUUAGAAAGUGGGCCCUACCAGGAGGUGGAGCCCCAGGGAUGCUGCCGUGCCUAAAGCUCUUGUCGAGGCAGCAGAGGCUGCUUUACGGUUAACCAGCUGGUUUCUUUUUUAAAAUGUAAAUAAGCCCCCAUGUUUUCUGCUUGGCUCUCGUUAUGGUGUAGUUCCCUUCCAUCCGAUCAUUAUACUGCUGAGGAAAGACGGUUCCUAAUCAUUACAGACAGCCCCUGGCGAGUGGGCACAGGCAGGGCUGUGGACAGUUGGAGGGAAGGAUGAAGCUCUUUCAAGGAGGAAGAGGGCUAUCCAGAUGGGAUGGGGCCUCUGUGGCCUCCUCUUCCCCAUUAUUGCUGAGUACACGAAUUAAGCAGGUCUUGACAAGUGCGCAGGAAGCCACAUAAAAUGAAAUCUCAGUCCCUUUCCAUGAAGCAUGAAUCUGGGCAUCUGUGAUUUGCAUCCUUGACGUCGACGGCAUGAUGGAUAUGAAGGUCACUCACGGUUGUUCAACAGGAAGCAAUCAUUUAUUAGCAGUGCAAUUUUAUUAUUCCUCUCUUGUCAUCUCUUUCUGUCCCUCUACUGAGAUGGUUACCCUGAAAUUUCCCCUGGGGUCUGAGCACAUUCCCUGACCUGAACAACUUGAUCACUGGGCUCUCAUCCAGAGUUUGCAGUUGUAAUAGAUGGUUUUUCUAACUGCUGGCAGUCAUGUGAAACUAAUGUUAAUUUUGGUUUACAUAAGAACACUGUUUUAAUCUCUUUACUGCAAUAAAUUUUGUACUUAAACAUC